AUGCCUCCAGCAUCAGCAGCACAAGGAAUUUCACCGAAUGCAGGUUAUGACUUAAGUUGGCUGCUGGGAACUGACUAUGAAAGGAGGAAAAAUAAACUACAGCAGGAGCUUCAACUGGACUACAAACAACAUGUCGCCAAGAAAAAUGACCCGAAAGCUAGUGAACCUUGUCUGCAACCCCAGAGUCUCUCUUUACCUAUUGCUGACAAAACAUCAGUUCAGGAAAAACUACGUGAGGAGAGGAAUAAAGAAUACAACCUAUUCCUACAGAAACAAGAUCCAAACAGAAGGUUAAGACGGGGUGCACCUGCUGCUACAGAGCCUGAACAUUGUCAACCUUCAGGUGCUGUGUGCAUUUCCUCUCCAGCACAUCGCUUUCCGACCCCAGACACGCAUAAAAGUGAUCACCAUGCCCGGGAGCGCCCGGCAUACAGGAGAGAUGCUGCUACUCUCACUGAUGCAGUGGAAGGUGGAAAAAGGACAGGGACUUGGGCUCCGGUCCAUCGGGGGCGAAAGCGGUGGCAAAUCAUUCAAACAAAUGAGCCUUAUAAAUCUGAGGAAGAGCUGAACACGGACAAGGAGGAGGCGUUCAAACACAGAAGGAGGCAUGACACACACACUCCAGAGCCUGAAUACAAAGAGGAGAGGAGGAGCAGAGAACGCAGAGCUAACAGAGCUCCUCAGGACAUCAAGGAGGUGUGGGCCCCUAGUGGUACUGACCAGAGUGACGAUGACUUGUUUGGGAAGUCAGAUCUGAAAACGCCAGACAAAAUGAGGACUGCUGCAAGAUCAAGACCUGCUAUCAGCCAGGAUAAAGCAGAGUUCGCUACGGGACUAAUAAUAGGAGCAACAGAGGAGCAGACAGUCUCUCAGCUGAGGAAAGAACAAUAUAAACAAGAGCUGCUGAAACAAAUUGCAGAACAGAGGAGGAACAAGAUCAGGGAGAAGGAGCUUGAGCUAAGGGUUGCUGCCACUGGAGCCACAGACCCUGAGAAAGAGUUUGGGGCUGUAAAUCUGCAUGAUGACAGGUGGACACAAGAUAUCUCCAAAAAGCCUGGAAUAGACCUGGAAUCCACAGAAAAGGAUCCACAUUCACAGCCUAAAAAUCAUAAAGCCACUGAGGGCCCAGAGCAGAAUACUCCCAGAGGAAUGUCCCAUGUGGACUACAACAAAGCUCUCAGUCAACUGACAGGGACGACUUUGCCUGAGUCAGGUACAAGGGCAGCACAAGGUGUCCCUUCAUUCAACUACUUUAAUGAGGACUACCACAGGUACUUUUCAAAUAUGCUGGGAGAAGCGGCCAUGCAGAGGGUUCCUGCUGUUCCUCCUCCUGACCCUCCCACUGUAACAAAUCAUUACAAGACUCCAUACGAUGCAGCUUAUUACUACUAUGGCACCAGGAAUCCAUUAGAUCCUAAUCUUCCUUACUAUCAGAAUGGUACACCUGGACGGGAGCAGCAGUCUGGGAAUUUCUACAGUCCUCCUCAAAUGCAACCUCCUCUCAGACCCACCAAAGCACCUGAUCAGCGCAGAGAAACCUCCCUGAAUGUAGGAGAGGUUCUGGCAGAGAACUCCAAGCAGAGGAGAGAGAGCGUUCAAAGCUACCAAGAAGCACUCAACAUCCAGAUCAAAGAAAGAGAAGAGCGCAGAAGAAGAGAGAAAGAAGAGAAGGAGCGUUACGAUGCCAAAAUAGAGGCUGAGUUGAUGGCACACAAUCCGUGGGGGAGAAGUGGUGGAGGAGCUCCACUCAAAGACCAGAACGGUAAUCUUAUCAGCAACCUGGCUCAAAUGCACAGGGCCAAUGAGGAGUCAUAUAGGAAUCCUGUAUCCAGGAAUAGUGGACAUACACAAAGCUCUCCUCGAGGUGAAGCCAAGGAGCCUCUUUCCCAUCGACUGUCAGGAUUCAGUGAGGUCAUAUACAAAGACGAGCUGAAAAAACAAAGAGCGCCAUCUCCUCCCAUCCCAACCUUACGGAAGAAGGAGACAUAUCCUGAGGCAUCCAGACCCUCCUCUGUAAUGAGCCAACUCUCCUCCCGGACUGAAUGCCCUGUGUCUUUACCAAGCAACCAAGAUGCCCCUGAAAAAAUGCCCCAGCUAGAAGAUGGCCGGCAGGAAGUGAUCAGAGAGCUGUCAGCCAUCCGUAGGUAUCUGUGGAAAGAGCAGAUACAACUGGAGGCUCAGCUGGGCAAGACAAAUUCACAGAACAGUAACUACGCUCCCCCCAGCAGGCCCAGAGGACGACCCAGAGUGGGUGCUUUUGAAUGGUCACCCAGGCAAGCUGCUCUACCACCAACCAGGAGUCCUUCUUCUGGUGCUGCACUAGUUAAUAUGCAAAAUAUCAGGGAGUUCAACCAGCUUAAAUACAGAGACACAGAAUCUAGUGAGGGGGUCUGUCACAUGUACCCUGACCCACCCACUGAUGCACAAAGUCUCGACAUCCAGCAGCAGGCACUUCUUCGAGAACAACAGCACAAAAUCAGGCGUAUGAAGAGAGAGGAGGAGCAUGACUUUUGGGACCAAGAACUGAACACCUUUCAUGCUAGGAACAAACCUGGACGCUUCAUCCACAGAGACUCCAUAUUACCAUCUCAAAGUGCUUUUAUUGAUGUUUACAGCGGAGAUGCGAGUGACGAUCAGGUUCAUCAGCAAAGACAACAAAGAGAGGGGACAGCAACACGCCGGAGACAUGACUAUGAUGAGACGACUGAGUCCUUGGAUCAGAGGGAGCGUCUCGCUGGUGAUCACACCACCAGAUCAGAGUGGCUGUCUGGUGAUGAAGCAGAUGUCUUAUCUCUGCGCUCUGCUCUGGAGAGGGGCGAAUCCGUGGCGACUGUUGCCACAGAGCCCUGGCUGCGACCUGGCACCCCGGAUGAUGCGACACACACAGGCUGCAGAGAGAGGCACAACAGCAGGAUGGAUACUCCACCCUGGCUGACAAACCGCAUCACAUAACUUCCAUCGGAUGGUGUCUUAACAUUAGAAAAUGCAUUGCGCUGGAGUAGUUCUUAUUUUCUCUGGAUGUUUUCAGCGGAUGUCUGUGAACAAAUGUUGGAAUAGGCUGGAUGAUGUAGCCUCAACAGCUUGUAAGAGAGCAGAUUCUGCCUGUAGAAAUGUUGGAUGUUUGGCCAAUUUCUCUCAGCAUGAGAAGUGCACUUUGAUCCCCAUAGAUUAGAUUUAGCUCUAAAUGUAAACAUACAUUACCUAUGCAUGUUAAUGAAGACCUUUAAAUGAUACCCUUUAUUUUAUUAAAUAAUAACGUUCAUAUUUAAUUUUGUCCUGGGUCAUUAUUGAUGGAGAUCAUGA